AUGGACCCCUUGAGGCAGUCCCCCUCGCCCAGUUCAUCACAGGCCUCCAGCCCGAGGACCCUCUCCUGCGAGAGGCUUGGUUACGUGGGCAUCGAAGCUGUGCUGGACCAACUCAAGAUCAAGGCCAUGAAGAUGGGGUUCGAGUUCAACAUCAUGGUGGUGGGACAGAGCGGGCUGGGCAAGUCCACCAUGGUGAACACGCUCUUCAAGUCCAAGAUAUGGAAGUCCACGAUGCCGGGUCUGAGGGUGCCCACGCCCCAGACGCUGCAGCUGUAUUCCAUGACUCAUGUCAUCGAGGAGAAUGGCGUGAAGCUUAAGCUGACCGUGACCGACACACCGGGCUUUGGGGACCAAAUCAACAACGACAAGUGCUGGGACCCCAUCCUGGGCUACAUCAACGAGCAGUACGAGCGGUACCUGCAAGAGGAGAUCCUCAUCACCCGCCAACGACACAUCCCCGACACGAGAGUGCACUGCUGCAUAUACUUCGUGCCGCCCACCGGGCACUGCUUGAGGCCCCUGGAUCUUGAGUUCCUGCAGCGGCUCUGCCGGGCUGUGAACGUGGUGCCCGUGAUAGCCCGGGCCGACAGCCUGACCAUUGAGGAGCGAGAGGCCUUCAGGCACAGGAUCCAGGAUGACCUGAAGACUCACAGCAUCGAGGUGUACCCUCAGAAGUGCUUUGACGAGGACAUCAAUGACAAGAUCCUCAACAGCAAGAUCCGGGAGAGGAUCCCCUUCGCUGUGGUCGGGGCCGACCGAGAGCACAUGGUGAACGGGAGGUGUGUCCUGGGCCGGAAGACGAAGUGGGGCAUCAUUGAAGUGGAGAACAUGGCCCACUGUGAGUUCCCCCUCCUGAGAGACCUGCUCAUCCGCUCCCACCUCCAAGACCUGAAGGACAUCACCCACAAUGUCCACUACGAGAACUACCGCAUCAUCAGACUGAAAGAAAGCCACGCGCUGCCCCGGGGGCCCGGCUGGGUGGACCUGGCCCCUGCCCCGUCCCCUGCCCCCGGCCCGGCCCCCACGGGCACCCGGGCCAGCCCCGGGCCUGCAAAGGUGUGCCGGUGGGCCGAGGACAACUCAGACGAGGACUUCUAA